AAGAAGAAAGGCAAGGCAGGAAACGAAUGGGAAUCACAGCAACCCCACCCUUGGUAUAAGUUUUUCUUUCAAUGCCAUACAGUCAAUGUUUCUUCAUCAUUUUCUGAGAAGGCAAACAAGGGGUUGGAGAGAGACUCUUGAUGAUGAUUUUAGCAACGCAAAAGGCUUGCUUGGUUGAGUGCAUGUACAAAGAAAACUAGCAAAGUGAUAGAGAGAAAGUUAAAAGGAAAAGAAAAAAAAACAAGAAAAAGUUUCUCCUUUUUUCUUUCUUUCUUUCUUUCUUUGUUGUGUUUCUGUGGGGUUGAGUUUCUUUUUUUUGAAGGAUCAAAGAGGCGUAUGAAAAUUGAAGUAGCAAGCUCAUCAUCAGCAACAACAGUGCAAUUAAUCAAAUAAAUGAUGGCAGCUGGAAACCCUAGCUGGUGGAGCAUGAAUCCACCAUCUCAACAACAUUCUUCUAAUAUGUUUACUGCUCCAACAUCCCCAUCUCUCCACUCUCCUCAGUAUGUUGUUGGAUCUUCUACUGCUCUUCUUCCUAAUUAUUUGCCUGAUCAUUUCCAAGAAUUUCCCGUACAGUCAUGGAGCCAACUACUCCUGGGAGGAUUAUAUGGUGAAGAAGUAAGGUUUGGCCCAAGUCAUUAUCAGCCUAAAAAGUUGGAAAUUUGGGAAAGCCAAAUCCUAAACCCAUCUCCAAGGGUUCCUUUGGUUAUUGACGUAAAGCAAGAGAUUACUCAAAAUAGCAACCUUUUGGGUCAUAGCAAUGAUGAAUUUCAAGCAUAUGCGGCUGCUCCGUCCCAAAUCAUGCCAGUUUCCCCUCCCAGAUCUUGCAUUACUAACUUAAGUAGUAAUAAUAUAUUAGAAUUGACUUACCACAAGGCGGUAGAUCAUGAAACGACUGUUAAUCAACCUGGCUUAAAUCAUUCUUCUGAGUGUAAUAGCAUAGCCACAGGUCGGGUAUGUAAGAAGGCUAGGGUUCAGCCAACUUCAAGUUCAAGACAACCACUUCUAAAUGUGAGAAAAGAGAAGCUGGGAGAUAGAAUAACAACACUUCACCAGUUAGUUUCCCCAUUUGGAAAGACUGACACUGCUUCUGUGUUGUUAGAAGUUAUUGGGUAUAUCAGAUUCCUUCAUGAUCAAAUUGAGGCUCUUAGCUCCCCUUACUUGGGUUCUGCAUCUCCAAACGUGAGAAACCAACAAUCUGAUAAGCCGGAGGACUUGAGGAGUAGAGGGCUGUGCUUGGUUCCUGUAUCAUGCACUACUCAUCAUGCUGAAACCGAUAACGAUGGUGCUCAGUACUGGGCACCGACUUUCGGGGGCGGCGGAAUUUAAAGUAGCCGAUGCUCAAGCGUUUAAUUUGCAGCAUCAGACUUUGAACGGGGGCGGAAGAAUGGAAUGGAAUGGAAUGGUAUAACAUAAUGAGCAGUCCAUCUGCUGAAAAAUCUUAAAGGGCUGAUUGCUCAUCAUGCUAUACUAUUGCAUUCUUUUCUAGUUCCACUGGUUGAAUGUGCAAUGCUUAUAUCAACUCUUCUUGUACCCUAUUCUUUUAAUAAUUCAUUUAGGGUACAUUGUAUUUUAAAUUACA